AUGAGCACCUCAGAACCAAUCGCCAUCAUCGGCAGCGGUUGCAGAUUUCCCGGCGAUGUGACGACGCCCUCGAAACUGUGGGAUGUGCUCCACGAGCCGCAAGACCUUCUCACUCCCAUUCCCAGAGAUAGGUUUAAUGCGAAAGGUUUCUAUCAUCAAGCAGGAGACCAUCAUGGCCAUACCAACGUCACCCAGGCCUAUCUUUUAUCCGGUUACCGCCGCUUUGAUGCACAAUUUUUCGGUAUCAACCCGGCAGAGGCCAAAGUCAUGGACCCUCAAAUGCGGCUCUUGUUAGAAACAGUAUAUGAGGCUCUAGAAAGCGCCGGCCAGACCAUUCACGAUCUACAUGGGUCCGAUACUGCCGUAUAUUCUGGUGCAAUGACAAACGAUUACGAGCACAGCAUGGGUCGUGACCAAGAUUCUAUAGGCACAUAUCAUGUCACAGGAACAGCCCGCGCACUCUUGUCUAACAGAAUAUCCUAUUUCUUUGACUGGCGCGGUCCUUCUGUAACACUCGACACGGCAUGUAGCUCUAGUCUCUAUGCUGUGCAUUAUGCUGUGCAACAGCUCCGGUCAGGGGCGUCUCGGGUGGCUGUUGCCACAGGCGCCAACCUUUUACUUGACCCAAUGGGAUUUAUCAGCGAGAGCAAGUUGAAAAUGCUUAGUCCAAAUAGCAGGUCACGCAUGUGGGAUGCGGCUGCAGACGGCUACGCGCGCGGAGAAGGCGUCGCCGCUAUCGUCUUGAAAACACUAAGCGCGGCUCAAGCUGAUGGAGAUGAUAUUGAGUGCAUCAUUCGGGAGACAGCCGUCAAUCAAGACGGAAAAACGCGGGGAAUCACGGUGCCAAGUGCAGAGGCUCAGGCGAGCAUGAUCCAGGACUGCUACCGCCGCGCCGGGCUUGAUAUAUCUAACGCGACCGAUCGUCCUCAAUAUUUUGAGGCCCAUGGGACUGGGACGCCGGCAGGAGACCCGGUUGAGGCCGAAGCUAUCCACUCUGUUUUUGGGGGCCGACAUGACAACAACAGCCUAGUGUCGCCGCAUACAGAACGGGAUCGCCAUGCAACAAGCCCACUCUACGUUGGUAGCGUGAAGACAGUGAUAGGCCACACUGAAGGCACGGCUGGUUUAGCUGGCCUUUUAAAGGCCUCGCUGGCAAUCCAGCACGAGAUCAUCCCGCCAAACUUAUUGUUUGAGCGUCUGAAUCCUCGAAUAAGACCUUUUUAUCAGAAUGUCUCCGUUCCCACAUCGCCCAUCUCUUGGCCGUCGGUGCCACACGGCCAUCCCCGUAGGGCAAGUGUCAACAGCUUCGGCUUUGGCGGUGCCAACGCCCAUGCGAUCCUCGAGAGCUAUCCCCAACACCGGGAGGAGCAGCUGCCGGCUCAGCUGCCGGCUCACUCGGAGCCCAUAGUCUUCCCGUUCAUUUUCUCUGCGGCUUCCAGGGACUCAUUGCUUGAAUACCUGUCGUCCUUUGCCACCUAUCUCUUGGAUGACGGAGCAAGGGUCAGCAUGCAAGACUUGGCUUACACGCUGAACUCGCGACGCACACGUUUUCCCUUUGUGGCCGCUUUCUCGGCAGCGACAAGGGAGCAGUUGGCAACGAUGAUCAACAGCAAGUUAGGCUCUGUAAAGCACGAUGCGGAAGACGACUUUGUGGUUCGAGUGCAGCAAGCUCAUCACAGCCCCAAGCCCCGUAUUCUCGCCGUCUUUACAGGGCAGGGUGCUCAAUGGCCUCGUAUGGGCGCCGAGCUGGUCUCGACAUCCGCCUCUGCACGCCGGGUGCUGAACAAGUUGGAAGCACGGCUAGCUCGUCUUCCUACACAGGAUCGCCCUUCCUGGUCUCUAACCGAGGAGCUUCUGAAGCCAGCGCACUCUAGUAAUAUUGGCACAGCAGCCGUCUCGCAGCCCCUGUGUACGGCCAUCCAGAUUAUCCUUGUGGAUCUCCUACGAACUUCCGGAGUAGAGCUGAGCUCUGUGCUCGGUCAUUCGUCUGGCGAGAUCGCAGCAGUCUACGCCGCCGGUCUAAUCUCAGCGGAGGACGCAAUAUGUAUCGCCUACUACCGUGGAUUGUGCACCGAAUAUGCACAGGGGCCCGAGGGACAGCCAGGCGCGAUGAUGGCAGUGGAAACAUCUCCCGAAGAUUUCCUAGAGCUUGUUCAAGAGCCCGAAUACCGCGGUCGCGCGUGCAUCGCAGCCAUCAACGCUUCGUCUAGUAUUACCGUAUCCGGCGACGCAGACACAAUCGACGAGCUAGGUGUCGUGUUAAAAGAUGAAGGUAAAUUCGCUCGACGCCUGAAGGUCGAUAAGGCAUAUCAUUCUCACCAUAUGAACCCAUGCUCGGCAAUAUACCUCUCAUCUUUGCGACAAACGGGUAUCCAAGUUGCCGGAGCCCCGUCCUCUCAGUGCACUUGGUUUUCCUCGGUCUAUGAGCAUGGCAUUAUCAAUUCGGCGAAUUCCCUGCAGGGUCCGUACUGGGACGACAACAUGCGGAACCCGGUGCUCUUCAAGCAGGCCGUCGAGCGUGCAUGCGGUGAUGCUGGCCCGUUCGAUCUUGUCGUGGAAAUUGGACCGCAUCCAGCGUUGAAAAGACCUGUUCUCCAAACGACUGGCCCUGUUCCGUACACUGGGCUUCUCAAGCGGGGAGCAGGAGAUCUCGAGUCUCUCGCGCAUGGUGUUGGAUACAUCGCAGCGCACCUUGCAAAACAUUUAUUUGAUCACCAAGCAUACGAGAUGUUUGUGUUCGGAACGUCUAGUGCAAAGUUGGUCAAAGAGCUCCCACCGUACUCGUGGAAUCAUGAACACGAGUACUGGCACGAAUCUAGAUAUACAAGGGCUGUCCUGAACCGAUCCCAACCUGUGCACGAACUGCUUGGGCAUCUGUCCCCCGAUUCCACGGGACACGAUAUGCGGUGGCGGAACUUGCUUCGGCCCCAAGAAGUCACUUGGCUGAAAGGCCAUCAGCUUCAAGACCAGAUUGUUUUCCCGGCUGCUGGCUAUAUUGUGACGGCGUUGGAGGCUUCUCGGACCCUGUUCAAAGAGUCUCCUGCAUCUUUCAUCGAACUUUCCGAUGUUGAGAUUAGUCGAGCAUUGGUAUUUGAUUCUACAGAGUCGAGCGUGGAGAUUGUGUUCUCUCUGAGCGACAUCCAACGUCAAGACGACGAGGUGAUUACAGCAAAAUUCAACUACAGUGCAUCCACGGGCAGAGAACGUGGCGAUGCACUUGACUCGCUUGCCAGCGGCAAUAUUUACAUAUCCCUCGGCGACUUUUCGCCUAUGGCUCUCCCAGCGAGGAGUCCUCGUUCUCCAAAUCUCAUUAGAUUGAAAGAAGACGACUUUUACAGCUCACUUGGCAAAUUGGGCUAUCAGUAUUCCGACUCGUUUCGUUCCUUGUCGGGCUUGAAGCGGAAGCUUGGUCGAUCCACAGGAUUGAUUUCAGACGUCGAGGGGUCACAGUUACUUGUCCAUCCAGCAGUGUUAGAUGGAGCCUUCCAGUCCGUGCUCCUAUCAUCCGCUGCCCCAGAUGAUGGCACGCUCUGGUCAAUGCAUGUACCUGUCAGUGUUCGGCGUAUUAGGGUAAAUCCAGGAUUAUGCGCCGAGGAGAUGUCUAGGGGGCAGUGUUUAUCUUUCGAUGCCUUCAGGCCGGAUGGGGUAAAUUCGAUUUCAGGAGACGUGGAUGUUUUCCCGACAAAUUCCACACACGCAUUGCUCCAGGUGGAAGGACUAGAAUGCAUUCCACUUUCACCGGCUACAGCAAAAGACGACAAAAUCCUGUUUUCCUCGACAGUCUGGGGCCCUGCGUUUCCAGAUGCCGGGAGAUUUUGCUCCAACAACCUGGAAAUGCAGCGCCAGUACGCAUUCGCUCAUCAGCUUGACCGUGUUGCCUGCUUCUACUUAAGGAACAUGGAGCAGAGUGUGGCAUCUGAUCACCCGUCCAGGAGCGAUGGUCCCUACAAAUCAUUUUUCAAGUUUGCCGCUCAUACUAUCGCUCGAACCAGAAGUGAUGAAUGGGCCUUUUGGAAGCCGGAAUGGGAGAAUGACACAACAGAAACGAUUGCAGAAGCUUGUAGACCAUACGCCAAGACCGUCGACGUUCGUCUGCUAUGCGAACUGGGUCAAAGACUUCCAGACAUAGUCACGGGAAAAGCUCCAGCUAUUGAGAUAGCUGUGAGGGACGGUAUGUUGACCGAAUACUACCAGAAGGCUCUUGGAGUGGACGAAUAUGCAACAUUCCUUGCACAAACGGUGAAGCAGAUUGCUUUCCGGUUUCCUCAACCCCGGUGUCUAGAGAUAGGAGCAGGCACUGGAGGAGCCACCAGGGCUAUAUUCCGGGAGACAGGCCACGCCAUCUCUUCAUACACGUUCACCGACAUCUCGUCCGGCUUCUUCGAGGCCAUGCAAACCGAAUCCGGAAUCCACGCCAACCGCAUGCUCUUCAAAGUACUUGAUAUAGGUAAAGAUGUCUGUUCUCAAGGCUUUGAGAAGCACUCAUACGACUUAAUCGUGGCGUCUAUGGUAUUGCACGCCACGCCUUCCCUGGCCACCACGUUGAGUAACAUUCGUUCUUUGAUCAAGCCUGGUGGCUAUCUUGUUGUUCUAGAAGUUCAAAACGUCGAGCGCGCGCCAGCUCGCUUGGGAACCGUCUUUGGCUCGUUUCCUGGAUGGUGGGAAGGCUCCGACGAAGGGAGAGAUUUGUCUCCUGCCGUCAGCCUAGCGGACUGGGACAACUUGCUGCGCAAAGCACGGUUUUCUGGCAUUGACACUUCGACACCAGAUCCAGCCCCUUUCGUUCAGCCAAUGACACUUUUUGUUUCGCAGGCUUUGGAUGAGAAAGUAGAGUUCCUUCGGGAGCCGCUUGCCCGUUCUACGGAGUCUUUUGGUCCAGACGCCAUCAUCCCAGACCUCGUCCUCCUUGGCGGCAGCAAGGUCGAGACUUCUGCACUGAUAGCACAGCUGCAGGACAUAUUCCGCCAAAAUUGUGGAACUGUCAAAACCGCUAGGACACUGGCAGACCUUCAGCUCACAAGCAUAUCUUCGAGCACGACCGUGCUUAGUCUCGCCGAGCUGGACGGACCAGUCUUCCUAGAUCUGACAGAGUCAAAAUGGAAUGCCUUCAAAUCUGUCUUUCAAGAGGCUGGUUCAGUCUUUUGGGUGACUAAUGGACGCCGCAUUGGAAAUGCACAUGCGAAUAUGACAGUUGGGCUCCUUCGGUCUGCUCUAAAUGAGCUUCCGGGACUUGAUGUUCAGUUCCUCGACUUUGAACUGCCCCAUCUGUUGGAUGCUAGCACUCUCGGAAAGGCCUUGCUUCGAUUCAGGGCGGCGACUGUCUUAAAGAGAAUUCAUCCUGAUGCAUACUCACACGUCACUACCGAGCGGGAAUUCGUCAUCGAGAAGGACGGUCAGGUAGUCGUGCCUCGUCUGGUAGCAGAAAGCUCGAUGAACAACCGUUACAACUCGUCUCGACGCUCAAUCUCGAGAGAAUGCAGCGCCCAUGAGGGGCAUAUUAGCAUUGAAACGGUCGGCAGUAGCUACUUCAUCCGGCAAGAUGUCAACGUAAAAGCCGGACUGAGGGGUACCGAGCGCAAAGGACGAAUUACACACUCACUCUUAGAGCCCACGAAGCUCACCGGACGUUGUCGCCUAUUCUUAGCUCUUGGAAAGCUUCUUGACUCUGAGGAUCAGUUCCUAUCCUUAUCGACGAGCAAUUCCUCGGCCAUCUCACCAGAGACGCUAUUGACACAGUCGGUUGAUGUACCAUCUGGCUCUGAAGCACGCUUUCUCCAGCUUGUGAGCCUGCUGAGUCUGUGCUGGGAGGUUGAUCGAGGGUUGGAGGAAGGAGACCGUGUCUUGGUCCACGAACCAAGUCCCGACCUGAUUCUGGUCAUGAGGCAUGUCGCCCGAGCCAGAGGCCUAGCUGUGACCUUUACGACAAGCCGCAACGACUAUCUGCAGGACUGCUAUAAGAUACAUCCCAACGCACCAGAGCGCAUUUUCGGAACCUUCGCCCCGAGCUCAUUAGCCGUAUUCGUGGAUUUCUCUUCAAGCACCAAUAUCGGGAAACGGAUUCGCUCGCAGCUUCCCCACUCCUGCAAAUGCGAGACCAGACAGACUCUGUUCAAUAAGACUCGUGAAGCCAGCCGUGAGCUCGACACAUUCUCGGGAUUGGAGCCCCAAGUCGUGAGGCUCGAUGAUGUCUCCCAAAAUGACUCCCUGCUCUCACCGCAGUCUGUCGUCGACUGGACUAGGAAUGACAAGGUAUCGAUUGAAGUCCAGCCUGUCGAUUCGCAUCCAAUUUUUUCAAGCUCGAAGACCUAUUGGCUCGUUGGGUUGACUGGCAGUCUCGGGCUCUCCCUUUGCCAGUGGAUGGUUCAUAGGGGAGCGCGAUACGUCGCGAUAUCGAGCCGACACCCCAAUGUCGAUGAGUCUUGGCUGAACGAAAUGGCUUCUUUUGGAGCCGAAAUCAAGGUCUAUUCGAGCGAUGUCACAAGAAAAGACGACGUAGUCACACUACAUCGAAAGAUCUGUCAAACACUACCUCCCAUCGCCGGAGUCGUUCAAGGCGCCAUGGUCCUCAGUGAUACCCAUCUUAGCGACAUGAGCCUCGACACACUGCUCCAGAAUACUAGGCCGAAGGUAGAGGGGAGCAUCUAUCUGAACGAAUUAUUCCUAAAGGAUGUCCUGGACUUUUUCGUGUUCUUGUCUUCGGCGUCUAUAGCCAGUGGCACACCUGGACAAUCCGCUUACGUAGCCGCAAACAUGUUCAUGGUCGGACUCGCCCAGCAACGGAGACGACUCGGCCUGGCGGCUUCCGUUAUCAAUAUUGGCCCCAUAGCCGGAGUUGGGUAUCUGGCUCAUCAGCAAGAGCACUCGUUCGCAGCUAUGAAGGCCUCUAUGGGAUUUGAGUAUCUAUCCGAGCGAGACUUCCAUCAGAUGUUUGCUGAGGCUGUUUUGUCCGGCCGUCCUCAGUCCACCAGUUCUGUGGAGAUCACGAGCGGCAUCAGAUUCGUAAGCUCAAACGAACAGUCCCCGCCGAUAUGGAGCUCAAAUCCAAUGAUGAGUCACUUUCUUUUGAGAGAGGAGGCCCCGGUCAACGGUUCAAGUGGAAUUAGGCCCAAGGCGCAUCUGAAAUCACAACUUCUCAGCGCACAGCAUCGUGACGAGGUUGGUCGCAUUGUCCAAGAGGCUUUUCUCGAAAAGAUUGGUACAUGGUUUCAAUUUGACGCCAGUAACGUGAACCAAUCGAGGCUCGACGCCACUCGUUUGGAUGAAAUCGGCAUCGAUUCACUCAUAGCCAUUGAGAUCAGCUCCUGGUUGAUGAAGAAUCUCCAGUUCAACCUUCCGGUCCUCAAAAUUCUGAGCGGCAUAUCCAUUGGCGAGAUCAUAACGGCUGCUAUCGAAGGCAUUUCCACGGAUUUAAUCCCCAAUGUACAACAACAAGCAAUCCCAAUUACUGUUGAAGAAGUCAAGGUUGCAGAUUCAGAGUCGAUACAUGGUUCAGAAUCUUCGUCCCCAAGCAGCGCCGGCAUCUAUGACUCCGAUGGGGAGGCUCAAACCAGUGUAGACUUACCGGAACCAAUUUCUGCAGUCGACAUACCAGAGAGCGAGAGCUGGGGACCUAUGCCUCUAACUUCAACGAAGUUAUCUGCCGUUCAAUCAAUGUUCUGGGUGAAUUCAACCCUGUUCGAUAACAAAGCGUCUCAAAACUUUGCUGGGCUGGCGCGUAUUACCGGGCCCGUUGAUGUCAACCACCUCAAGAAAACAGUCUGGGCCCUUGGACAGCGACAUGAGUCCCUGAGGACAUGCUACUUCCUUAAAGAAGGGAUCAUGAUGCAGGGUAUCAUGGAAAGUAGCGCUCUGCGACUGGACGCCCGCGAGAUAUCGGACGAGCGCGAGGUUAUGCGGGAGACCCGAAGGGUUGAGGAACACAACUUCGAUCUCCAGAGAGGCGACACUCUGCGACUCGUAUUACUAUCAAUCUCGCCCACGCGUCACUUCCUCAUUCUUGGCACAACCCAUCUCGCAAUGGACGGCUUUUCGUUCCAAGUCAUCCUACGGGAACUACUGCCACGCAAUAGCACGGAGCUCGAGAUUCAAGAACCACUACAGUACCGCGAGUAUUGCCAAGCUCAAGAACGUGACCUGGACUCUGGUAAACUUCGAGAUGCACUUGCGUUCUGGAAAGCCCAAUAUCUCGAUCUUCCACCACCACUACCUAUCCUCCGUGUCUCGCGCGCCUCUGCGCGUCCCACGCUAGCUACAUUCAGCGACGACAAGGUCGAGAUCAGGAUCGAUGCCGAAGCCAAGUCGCGGAUUGGAGCAAUCUGUCGCGAGUUCAGAGCUACCCCAUUUCACUUUUACCUCGCUUGUUACCGGGUCCUUUUGGCACGGUAUGCUGAUGCGGAAGAUGUCGCGAUCGGGAUCGAGGAUGCCAGUAGAAGGGAUGUCCAAACAUUGGGCGCUGUCGGAGUGUUCCUCAAUGUUUUACCGCUCCGUUUCAAGACCAGUCUCUCUACAGGAUUCGCGGAUAUGUUGCAGGAGACACGUUCGAUGAUGCACGCGGCGUUAGAAAACGCUCAAGUGCCGUUCCCUGUUCUUCUAAACGAGUCGGGUCAGCGUCUGAAGGAUACUUGGAGUGACUGCGAACUUGAAUUUGAGCCUCUCAGGGUCUCUACGACUGGCUAUGAUCUGAACCUCGACAUUAUCGACGAUCCUGACGGAGGCUGUCUGCUCAGUCUUAUUUUCCGUGACGACUUAUACCAAAAGUCGGAAGCGACGAUAUUGAUGAAGAGUUACGAGAACCUUCUCAACGCUUUCAGCACCAAGCCACAAGCGGAACUGACCAAGCCCAGUCUGUUCGAAAGUCACGAUGUGCGGAGAGCUUUGACACACGGUCAUGGUCCACUACGCGCUUCAGAUUGGCCUGAAACAGUAAUUCACAGGAUCCAAGACGUUUUUGAAGCGUGCCCCGACGAUAUUGCAAUUAAGGGCGACUCGGGAAAGUCUACUACGUACCGCGAGCUGUCCAAGUUGUCUUCCUCCAUUGCCAUGGCGAUGAUUGGAGCUGGGGCGUCAAAAGGCUCCAAGAUCGCGGUACUCCAGGAGCCAACCCCCCUUUGGAUUGCGUCCAUAUUGGCAAUCAUCGGGAUUGGAGCAGUCUAUUUGCCACUCGAUCUGUCCUUGCCCUGGACCCGGCUUGCUGCGAUUGCAAAGGAUUGCCAGCCUCAGCUUGUUUUGGUGGACGAGGUUACCACAGAGCACGCCCAUGAGUUACAGCUGUAUGACAUUCCCUUGAUUGACGUGUCGGUUGUGGAUCUGAAAGAAGCAAAAACUCCAAUUGCAGCGACAGCGACCGCCCCCGCUAUGAUUUUCUAUACGAGUGGUUCCUCAGGAGUCCCAAAGGGCGUCAUUCAGACUCAUGAGGGUAUUCGAAACCAUAUGGAGUUAACGGAGGAGACUUAUCAUGUGGGCUCCGAGGUCGUUCUACAACAAAGUGCGUGUAGCUUCGAUCUAUCUUGCGCGCAAAUUUUCACAGCAUUAUGCUAUGGCGGUAGCAUCUACAUCUUGCCAAGGCACCUCCGGAGCGAUUCACGUACUAUUGCCGACUUGAUAGUCCAGGAAGGCAUAACUUACACAUACGGAACCCCUUCAGAGUAUUCUAGUUGGCUUAGACAUGGAAAGCUCGAUUCUCUCCGACACUCAUCUUGGCGGAGGGUUCUGUGUGGCGGAGAACCGGUCACCAACGAUCUUUUGACGCAAUUCAGAGAUAUGCAGAAGACCGACCUUCGAUUUUUCAAUUGCUACGGGCCUACAGAGACGACAAUUGUAGCCGCCACCGUGGAACUCAAUUACCAAUAUCAAGAUCAUCCCACCAUUGCCAAUGGUAUUUCUGCCGGCUUUGCUUUACCCAACUAUACACUCUACAUCGUUGAUUCGGAUCUCAACCCUGUAGCCACGGGAGUACAAGGCGAAAUCUAUAUCGGUGGAGCAGGUGUAUCUCCAGGCUAUCUUCAUAACCCUGCGUUGAACACUGAUGCAUUCGUUCCGGACCCGUUUGCCCCGAGUGAAUACAAGGCCAAAGGAUGGACGACAAUGCAUCGCGUCGGAGAUGUCGGCCGUUGGAAGGAAGACGGCUCCAUCCUCGUCGAAGGCCGCAUAUCAGGCGACACACAAGUGAAGCUACGGGGCCUCCGAGUGGAUUUGCGGGAAAUCGAAAGCAACCUCCUGAAGGUAGCCGAUGGCAUCUUGUCUGAAGUCUCAGUGUCGGCCCGUCGCUCAUCACCUGAGUCUCCGGAGUUUCUUGUAGCGCACACGGUUCUUGACCCGGCAAGGGCAAGCGAAGGACACGAAAGAUUUUUGCGCUCUCUGCCUGGUUUACUUCCGUUACCCAGGUACAUGUGUCCCGCCAUGGUCAUCCCUGUCGAGCAGAUGCCCAGGACAAGUACCUCAAAGCUUGACCGCAGGGCCCUUGCCGCAUUGCCAUUGCCAGACCUUACUGCACACGAAGAUGGAGACCACGCCGAAUUGACACAGACAGAGGCUCAACUAAGGGAGAUAUGGCAGGAAUCCAUCCCGAAGCAAAUUACUGCCAUGCACGACAUAACUCCCAGUACGGAUUAUUUCCACGUUGGUGGUACAUCAUUGCUUCUUCCUUACUUGCAGGCACAGAUUCUGGCCAAGUUCGGUAUCAGACCUCCCGUGAUAAAACUGCUGCAAUUCAGCACUCUUGGUGGCAUGGCAAGCUUGGUCGAGAACCGCCCACGGAUAUCUAGGGAACCAACCGUCAACUGGGAAGCUGAGACUGCCCUAUCUCCAGCCAUAUUACGAUCACUCGACAAGGCGCAAGACGUACUAAGCAAUUCCAGCGAUCCCAGCAUCGUAGUGCUCACUGGUAGCACAGGUUACCUGGGCCGCGCCAUCCUGGACGCCCUCAUCGCCGACGACGGAGUGGCUAUGGUGCACUGUAUAGGAGUGCGCAAUGCAAGCAGUCGACACGACAUGCUUAGCCUGCCCAAAACUCAGUUAUAUGAUGGUGAUCUCAAGCUCCCACGGCUUGGCCUGACAGAGGAAGACGCGGGAAGCAUCUUCGCCCAAGCCAGCCACAUCAUACACAAUGGUGCCGAGGUUUCUCACCUACAGUCGUAUGGCUCCCUCCGACUCCCAAAUCUGCAAUCAACAAAGGAGCUAGUGGAAAUGAGUCUACCGCGUCGGAUCCCGGUGCACUUUGUGUCCUCGACGCAGGUAGGCCUGUACUACGCCACGGGCACAGGCCGCCGCGAGUUCCCCGAGGAGUCGGUGGCGGCCUACCCGCCCCCUGUGGAUGGGAGCGCCGGCGGUUAUCCAGCGACCAAGUGGGCGAGCGAGCGUUUUUUGGAACGGCUGGCAGAUUCGUCCCCCAGCGGCUGGCCCAUUUUCGUCCACCGACCCUCUACCAUCUUGCGCCCGCCCGGCGACCUGGGACUGGACCUGCUUGCGAACCUCCGCCGCUGGUCGGCCCAGAUCAACGCUGUGCCCGUGGCGCCCAACCUGCACGGUUACGUGGACACGGUCGAGCUGCAGCAGGUCGUCUCGGGCGUCGUGAGUGCGCUACAUGGAUCCCAUGCUGGAGAGCCAGGUAUUCGGUUUCACCAAUAUUUCGGCGCGAUGGCUAUCUCGUUGGAUGAUCCGAAGACGUUGUUGCUCGGCGUCGAAAGGGCCGGGGAGGGUCCGCCUGAGGAGCUAAUGGCGUUGGAGUGGGCGGCGAGGGCGAGAGCGGAGGGCUUGGAUCCGUGGCUGGAAGAAUGGAUUGAGGAUGUCCUUCGGCAAGGAGAGCAGGUCAUUCCGAAAGUCGUGAAGUAG